AAAACUUUUGCGAUUGUUGAUAUGGAGUCUAGUCUCUCAAAAUUCAUCCCACACAUCUGACCGUGACUGACUGACCUUGCCUCGGUGAGACGACUCACCUUUCGGGAAGCCCACUUGCAGCUCAAUUCUGCCCCAGGAACCCCUGCACAAGUCCCUUGACCGCCUUUGGAUCCUGCGCUAGCGCCACCUUUGACGUUUCUUCUUUAGACACCGCUGGUCCACAACUGUUGCGCCUUUCCCUCUUUCCCGACACCUCUCGAGCCAAACCCACAGUGAAACUACCCGUCAUCAAAGCCUGUUUUCUCUUUUCUGACUCUGCCUCUGCCUCUUCCCCGUUGGCUUUUCUGUUCUUCCUUGUAGAGACACAGCACUGCACAGAGAUACCCUUUUCAUCGUUCUCCCGAGCCUGCGUCUUUCCGACUAUCGGAUUUCAAGUGAAGCCUCAAUCCGUCAUCAACAGGAGCCUGGAAAGUCGUCCAGCAUAUCGCGUCUCUCACAUCUUAUUUUACAGCAUCAUUCUCGAAAACCACGUCUCGAUCGAUCAUGUCGUAUAAUUACGGACCCCCACCGCCUCCUCCACAACCAGCACCACCGAGCAGUUCUCCGACUGGUUAUAAUUCUUAUGGCGCGACGCGUGGAGGGCAUGGUGGGAGGGGGCGUGGAGGUCACGGAAACGGCGAUCGCGGUGGCUUUCACCAACCUGCACCUGCAUAUGGCUACGGGCAACCCCAAUACGGCCCUCAGGCUCCGGGUCCUUACGCGGGACCGCAUCCCGCUCAACCAGGCUAUCCUCAGCAACCUCAGCAACAGUGGCACCCCGAGCAUGGUCAGCAACAGCAGCACGCUCAGCACUCAUCUUCUCAACCACCACACGGGUCACUUCCUGCUCAAAACUACCACCCCAACUACGCUCCGCAGAUUUAUCAACCACAGGCACCCUACGGAUCUCAACCACAAUACCCUCACGCAGGCCCUCCUCCCUACGGCCCGGGUUAUCCAACAGGAGCACCCCAUCAAGGUCCUCCAGCUCAACAGUGGGGCAGUCAUCCUCAACAAACACCUCCUACAUCAGGACCGUAUGGUGGAGGUGGGCGAGGUGGUCGCGGCGGUUAUAACGACCGCGGUGGACCCAAAGGGCAAAUGAUGGGACCCCCCAUCCGGAUAGGAUUUGAUAACAGCAACUCUCAACCACCUCCCGCUCCAGUGAGCGCACCAUACCCACCUCAACCUUACGGUGGACCUCACGGUCCUCCUGCACCGUACGCUGCGCCGUACUCCGCAUAUCCUCCUCCAGCACCAUACAUGCCUGGGCCAGCGCCAUUUGACGGCCAUACUGGUCACAAUCCCCGCCAUCACAAUCGUGGCGGUGGUUUUCAUAACAAUUCCAAAAACCGUUCCCACUUUGGCGGCGACAAGCAUCGCAAUCGCAACCAAAACAAGGGACAGGCCUCCCAGACCCCUCCGACCCAUCAUCAGAAGCCUGAUGCUGCGUCGGCGAGCAAAAAGAAGAAGCGCAAGACUAACACACUGGGCCUAACACCUGGAGAUGAGUCUGAGGAAGACUUGGAGAAUGAAGAAGAACGUCUGACCGAGUUGAUCGGCGCCGAGGCCCCAAAUCCCCAAACCUCGGCCGAGCUUGCUGCGUGGAUUGCUGAACGCCGCGCCAAGUUUCCUACUAAAGCGAAGAUCGAGGCCGCCAAGAAGGCAACGGGCAAGACUCAAAAUGGUGACGCCAGCAAGGACUCUGAAUCCGACCUCGUCCAGAAGGCUGAGAAACUUAGAAAACAACUGAAAAAGGUCGAAUCGAGCAUCAAGCGGAAGCGCGAACAGCAGGAUGAAGGGGACGAGAUGAGGGAUCUGCAUUUGAGCUCAUCUCCCUCGACCGAUUCUAAAUCGGAUGACGAGAAGCCUGAAGUCAUGUCAACUCGUCAGGAUUCCCACAACCUCCCUCCUCCGCCUAGAAAGGCAGACCCGACCAAACACUGCAAGUAUUAUUCGACGGGCGGUAACUGUGGAAAGCGGGGCAAGUGCCGCUUUGUUCACGAUGCCACGGUCCGUGAGGCUGCUUUGAGAGAGCGUGAGAUGAACGGCGGGCGCAUGACCUUGCAGCAACGUCUCACGCUGAAUGACAAGGAGCAGGAGGACCUUACCAUUGUCAAGACGGUUAAAUAUCUCCAGGACAAGGGCCUUGUUCCUAAACCAGCUCCAGGUUCUGCGGCGGCGGCAGCGCGGCCUGAAUCUAGCACAGCCCCCCAGCCCCAACCCCCUACGGUUGCCAAGAAGGAACCAGGCAAUGGCCUUCCUCCUAUCCCGCCUGUGCCUAAGUAUGCUGGCUGGAAUAUGAACGGGUUCGGCAAUACCGGGGGUAGAUCGAGUGAGCAGUAGGGUUCGCGCUCUCGUUCAGCCCCAAGAGGAUUCCGUUCACAAUCAGUGCCUCGCAACCCGAGAAUCUCAUCGCCAACUGGGCACAACAGCAGCCAUGAGGGGUAUAUACCAAAACUAACACCGCCUGAUUACGGACCACGGCCUUCCUCCUGGCAACGUUACUAAACCUACGAAGCACGAUAGGAACCCUGCGUUUGCAAUCCAGAGUCGGUUACCCACGGCCAUGCACACAGUCUCAACCAGGUCAUUAGCUGUCUCUUGGGGCUUCUUUCUCUCUCCUCCGAUUUUUCUGGGUCGCGACGGGCCUUGACAGUGUCGAGUUCUCGUUUCAUAUUUUUUUCAAGGGCCUCUCGGGCUUGCGGCACUCAUCACACAAUGGCAGGCCAGGAUCAGCACCACUCACCGUCACCACAAGUAGCGUGGGCUGCUAGAGGCAUCUGUCAUCUUUCAUCUGUACAAUAUCGCACGGGUUAGGCGUUUAGGGGUUAAGUCCUCUGCUUUCUUCGCGUAGUUUGCGCGGACGGGUGCUGUAGCACUCGAGCAUUGACAUCUCUUGGAAUGCUUGGGUUCGGUAGCAUGUCAUAGAAUAAAAGCGUUUUUGAAGGUCAUAUUUCUUCGCCUCUUGUGUGCGUUGGUUGUGUUGAAUGAAAACAGGGUGUUUGCUCUCGUUUGAUUUGAAAGGUUUGUCAUAUCAUUUCGUAACAUUCCAUGGAGCUAAGGACCGAAAGGGGGGGGCAAGGAAACUCUUUUUCUAUCCUUUCCAUUUUCCUCCCUUCCAUGUAUCAUACAGCACCAGCAAACAGGUCCGUCAUCAAAACAAAACCACUAUACCACCC